CUACCCGAUCAUGAGCGUCCUUUCGCGAGCCCAGCGGGUCACGUGACUGCGUGUUUUUUUUUCUGGUGAUGUGUGUGUGUUCUCCCCUCCUCAUCCCGUGAGAAGAUGGCGGCGGUGCCGGAGAGCGGGGAUAAGAACGAGAGCGAGGAACGGAGCUCUGACCGAGGUAUUCACCGGACGGAGACGUUAGGUUUUUAUGAAGCAAAAGACGAACCAAGCAAGCACGCAGCGAAGAAACGGAAUCUGUCAGAUCUGUCUCUGCUGAGAUUUAUUAGUGCUGAAUUAACACGGGGAUAUAUUUUGGAACACAAUGAAGCCAAGUACAAAGAAAGGAGGGAGAGAGUAUACACUUGUCUACGAAUUCCUCGGGAAUUGGAAAAGUUGAUGUUUUUUGGAUUCUUCCUCUGCUUGGAUGCCUUUCUAUAUCUCUUUACUCUACUGCCACUUAGAGUCCUUCUGGCCCUAAUGCGAUUUAUUACUCUACCCUGUUGUGGGUUAAGUGAUGGAAGAUUACUGCAACCUGCUCAAGUAUGUGACCUGCUGAAGGCAGUUAUAAUGGUCAUCUGUUUUGUCAUGAUGCACUAUGUGGAUUAUUCCAUGAUGUAUCAUCUCAUUAGAGGACAAUCUGUCAUCAAGCUCUACAUCAUCUACAAUAUGUUGGAGGUUGCAGAUCGUCUUUUCUCUUCAUUUGGUCAAGAUAUUUUGGAUGCACUGUAUUGGACAGCUACAGAACCAAAAAAGAAAAAAAGGGCUCAUAUUGGGGUGAUACCUCACUUUUUCAUGGCAGUGCUUUAUGUUUUCCUGCAUACAAUUUUGGUUAUGGUACAAGCAACAACUUUGAACGUUGCUUUCAAUUCCCACAACAAAUCAUUACUUACCAUCAUGAUGUCAAAUAAUUUUGUGGAGAUAAAAGGAAGUGUUUUCAAGAAGUUUGAGAAGAACAAUUUGUUUCAGAUGUCUAAUAGCGAUAUAAGGGAGAGGUUCAACAACUAUGUACUUCUGCUGAUUGUUUGUUUGAGAAAUAUGGAACAAUUUUCAUGGAAUCCAGACCAUCUCUGGGUGUUGUUUCCAGAUGUGUGCAUGGUAAUUGCAUCAGAAAUGGCUGUGGAUGUGGUUAAGCAUGCUUUUAUUACGAAAUUCAAUGAUAUUACCGCUGAUGUAUAUAGUGAGUAUAGAGCCAGCCUUGCAUUUGACUUGGUUAGCAGCCGUCAAAAAAAUGCAUAUACAGAUUAUAGUGAUACAGUAUCAAGAAGAAUGGGAUUUAUACCACUUCCGUUAGCAGUUCUGCUAUCCAGAGUUAUUACAAGUUCCACAAAAAUUCAAGGAGCCUUGGCUAUCGUUAGCGUAUUGGUGUUUUACCUUGGGCUAAUUGCACUUAAAGUUCUGAACAGCAUUGUGUUGCUGGGGAAAUCUUGCCAAUAUGUAAAAGAGGCCAAGAUGGAGGAGAAGUUGUUCCAAUCACCAGUAGUCACCAACCCUGGGAAACCUGUCAAAAAAUCUGUUAACAAAGUUAAAUCACCUCAAGGUGUUCCAGGAGAAGAAAUGCAAUCAGACUUCAUCAUUAGCCAACCUGUAUCUCUAUCAGAAAGUGUAUCGGCUCUGGUCUCAAGUAACAGUACUGACCAAUUUCUUACAACCCCCAAUAUAGAGGACAAAGGAAUACCACAGGAAAAAUCUGAUGGCAAACAAUCUUCUUCAAAAGAAGAUCUACUUGAAAUAGACAGGUUUACAAUUUGUGGAAAUCGAAUUGAUUGAUUAUUGCACCAAUCCUUAGAAGUGCAGCUUUUAAUUUAAGCCUUUGCUAUUUCGCGAAUGGAACAUUGUUGAGCUUGAGAGUAUAUAAAGGUUCAAAAGCUGCCAAAGGAGGCACUGAUCAGGAAUAUUUAUUAAAAUCUUUAUAAUUUAUUAAUGAUUCAAACCAAAAUAUAUUUUACCUUGUUUCCAUCUCUGGAGAUAAUUUGGCUUGGAAUAUAACGUUUUGGUUUGUGUAUCAAUUUCCUGUGGCAAAGGAAGAAAAUCUUUUAGUUGGUUUCUAUGGAGACCUGGCAGAUAAAUGCUUUCAAAGACAGCUUUCUUUACAGCUGUAUAGACUUCUGUGCAAUAUUUCUUGCCACUUAUAAUGCAAUUACACCUUCAUACAAUAAUGUGAACAUACAGCCAGAUAACUUUUAUUUUGGCUUUUUAAAAUGUUUUUAACAAGAUUUUCUUGUAUUUGCAGAAUUUCAUUGUAGAUAUGUGCCUAUUGCAGUGAUUUUUUUUAAAGAAAUCUAAUCCUAUUCUGGAAAGGAAAUGUUGGCAAGCUGAUCCCAAAAUUUGCAGUUGACGUUUACAGUUAUUUCUGGGGAAGUUUCAGUUAUAAGUUGAACAUGCAAGAGUUAGCAAUAAAGAAAAUAUUGCUGUGUGGAUUUUUUUUAAAGGAAGCACCUGUAUAUGUCCACAGAAUUUUUCUAAUAGAAGACUGCUGAAAUAUCCAGAGUUACUGAUUAUCUGAAAGAGAAAGCGAUUAUCUUAAAGUUUUGUCUCAGAUUUGAUGUCUUGCCUUUCAGAUGCUGGUAAAGUUGCCAGCUGCUUUCAACAUUUUCUACUGUUAUUCACGAUUUCCAUUAUUCUUGGACUUUUUUUUUGCUGUAUCCUAAGAAUUGAUUUUAUAGUAUAAUAGAAAAACUGGAGAUCCAAGUUAUUCAAGUGAGUGAACAAGCAAAAUCUUGGAAACAAUGGAAGGAAUGAAAAAUAGAAGCUUAAAUUCUGAAGGGGUUUAAGAAGAAAAAGUUAAAUUGGUAAGAGGCAAAAAUGGAUAAUUUUCCGAUAACUUAUUACAUGAACAAAGGAAGGUGUGCAAGACUCACUUACCUUACUGAACUGCAUUAAUCUAUCAUAGUUCUUUUAUGUGCAAUGUUCCUAGCUUUUUUUGCACUAAAGACAAUGUUUUUGUUUAAGAUUUUAUGAGAAAACAUUACACAAAUUUCUAACUUUCAACAGCUCAAAAACAUUUUUCAUGGCAUAUUUCAUGUUAACUGAAAGUUUAUCUGGUCUGAACAAAGUAGCACCAGGUGGAUUUGAAUAAUUGUGUCAUUAAUUUCAGGGUGCUAUCUAGGUUACAAAUAUCCAAAUUUCAAAAAAACUACAAUGACAUUCUCUCUACUCGCUUUCAAUUUAACUGAAAAAAGACAUAACUGAAAUUUAUAAAGGCACCAAAUAAAAACCUGUAUCUUUUUAUAAUUAGUACAAAAUGUUAAAGUGCUCAAUAAAAGUCCUUUUGUAACUCAAAUUCUUUGAUUCUUUUUAAUGUUUCAUAG